AUGGGCGCUCCAAUUGUCAUCAAGGUCGGAACUGCCUACCAACAACCCAAAAGUCGGCUGAUGCGGCUUCCUCAAGAGCUGCGGCUCAUGAUUUACGCAUUUCUGUUCUCGUCAACCCGCUUCACAUCUGGGGAGAGAUGUGGAUGGGACAUGGUGAUUCAUCAUUUCAUUCCAGCUCCUCACGGCCUUGCCAUUCUCAUCAGUUGCCGCCAAGCAUACGUCGAAAUCGGCAGAUCCUGGAUUGGCCGGGUCCUCUUUUGUUUCGAGACGGUGAAAGCUAUGGUCGAUAAACUUGCCGACAUUCCUCUUGAAACGCGCUCAAUGAUUCGCCAUAUCCGAGUUUCAGGACAUCCCAUGAUGUUUGAUUAUAGCGGAGGGUUGGUGCAAUACGACACUUACCAGGUCUUGAAGCUGCUUUCAGGACUAAAACUCGACAGACUGACGGUGUGUGGUACUGGUGAAUCCCAGAGUUCCUACGAUGCUCUUAAUCGUCUAGUAAAGUAUAGCGGCGGAUGGAAAGAGCUUCACUACAAAUCACACACAUCAGGCUUCAUGGGUUACAAAGUAGCCUGGCUUGAUGAGCUCGACGAACUCAUUGGGGAGAACCGAUUCUUGCGCGAGCCACAGCCAGGUGGUUGGCAACGCACACUCGAUGACCGCGACGGCUCAAACUCUGGAGCUUCAGUCACCAUUUACCGAUCCAAUAUCCCGUACCUAGAUGUAACUGAGCCAUACAUAAGCAACAAGGGUACGUGGACCAAGUUUACGCAAGAGUUAGCGCCUGAUCAGGAUAUCGAAGAGUACCAAGAUGCAGAAGAUGCGCGGCUGAUGGUCGAUGGCGAGAUUGAAAAGGAGAUGUUGGUUGUGGUGAAAAGGGGUAGAGGUGUUGAUUAUGAGGAAAAACAAGGCUCGCCAUACCUCGAGCAAGGCGACAUUCGAGCAGAGUUCCCUGGAAAGACUUGGGCGGAAAUCAAGGAGACGCAUGUAGAUUUGGUGGAUGAUUAUACUCAUGUGGACGACUACGUGUGGCCUGCUACCCAUGCAUUCAGAUAUUCAUCCGACUCAUACGAGUGA